GAAUGUUCAGUGUGGUAAACUAUGGUGUAUUGGCAACAGUACAAUAACACCAAAAGAUCGUGGCUAUAAUCAUUUAUGGAGUAAUGGUACUUUAAACAGCAGAAGAAUCAUUUGUCGGUAAGUUAAAACUUUUCCACAUUCCUAACGAUGUCAAAAACAGCAGGGGUGGAUCCAGCACGGUUUUUCUAGGGGGGGGGGGUGUGCUGGGGUGAGCAGCCGAGUGUUUCUUUAUAAUUCCUUAAGGGGUGGUUAGAGAUCAUUCAAAUAAAUUGGCGCCAUUUCUAUCGACUGGAGCGCCGAAGGCACUACCUCCCUAGGGGUCCAGGGGUAUGCCCCCUGGAAAAUUUUGAAAAUUAGAAUUCGAACCCUAGAAAUGCCAUUUCCUGCAAUAUGGGCAUUGAAUUAUGAGCUUCAGUUUGACUUCAAAAAAGGAAAAACCUUGGAAAUUGUGCCAUAUUUUUGAAUUUGAUUUUUUUGCACCCCCUUUGCACCCCUGUUGACCAAGGCCAACAGGGGUGCGCACCCCUGUGCACCCCCUAUAAAUCCACCCCUGCUGAAAAAUAGUUCAUUUUCAAACCGCCACUGACUCUUCGGUUUUAUGGCGUAAAUUCAUGUUUUAAAGUAUCAUUCUAAAGAGUAAACAUUCCUGAAUUCACUGAUGUGAUUUUAUCUUAGUUUCCUUGUAAAAAAGUAUAAUUUACUCACGAAUAUUUCAAUGUCACUUUUAAGGUUUACAUAAUUAAAAUGCGAUAUAUAUAUACAAAAUUAUUCAAAAAUUAUUUUAUUAAAUUACUAAACAAAAAAGCUAUCAAAACAUACCUUUGAGAAAACGAGAUCUUUAUAGCAAAAAUCGCAAUAUAUUUCAACAGUUUUUUUAAUCGAACAAAUAAAAUAUCUUGAAUAAUAAUGAGCCGCAUUGAUGCGCGCGUUGUAUUUCCGGAAGACCCUCAAUCCUCCUCUGGAUAAAAACCAAAUGUACUUGCAGGCUUGGUGCGUCCGGGAUUGACGCACCUCAGGGGGCUGGUAGCCUCCCGAACCUCAGGAGGAGGGAGCUACCGCCCCCUCCCCCCCCCCCACUGGUGCGUCAAUCCCGGACUCAUCUCCCUGCAAGUUCGUUCGUUAUAAAGCUAAUUAAACUUACCCUGUGCGACUUCGCAUAACACCCAAUUACUGCUAAUCUGUAAAAUAUGUAAGGUAGAUCAAACAAUGUCCAAAUCUGUCAAAUGUGUAAGGUAGAUCAAACAAUGUCCAAGACAAGAACAGUUAAAUGUGGAAUACCCCAAGGUUCUAAUUUUGGGCCACUUCUUUUCUUAUUAUACAUAAACGACCUGCCAAACUGCCUGACCACAUCUUCAGCAAGCAUGUUUGCCGAUGACACAAAUGUUUCAACCAAUGGCAAAACAAAUGACGAACUACAAGAGCGCAUUAACGUGGACUUAGAAAAUAUACACCAAUGGUUACUUGCAAACAAACUUACACUUAACAAAGAUAAAACUGAACACAUGAUUACUGGUUCAAGACAACGAAUUUCAAACUUAGUACUGACGGUCCCUAAAAUUGAGCUUGGUGAAUCAGUCAUUAAGCGGGUUCACAAAUCAAAAACUUUAGGCGUAAUUAUUGAUGAACAUCUUUUAUGGAAUCAUCAAAUCCAAAAUAUUGUCACAAAAGCUUCAAAAGGAAUAGGAAUGAUGCGACGAAUAAAACAGUUUGUUCCCAAAUCAACCUUAGUAAAAAUAUAUAAUGCCAUUGUGUUAUCACAUUUUGAUUACUGUAGCUUGGUUUGGGAUAACUGUUGUGAUUACUUAAAAAACAGACUUCAGAAAUUACAAAACAGAGCGGCCCGAAUCAUCACUGGUAAAACUUAUGAAGUUAGUUCUGAGGAUGUUUUAAAAGAAUUAGACUGGCAACCUUUAAACCAAUGCUAUAAAACCAAUAAAUCGAUUUUUAUGCACAGAAUACGAAACGAAAAAAUGCCAUCAUCAAUUUGCAACAUGUUCAAAAUUAAAAUAAAUGACAGAUAUGAUUUAAGAAGUAACAAUAACAACUAUGAUCUUGGAAAACCUGAAACAAAUUUUAUGAAAAAGAGUUUCAGUUAUUCAGCUGCAUCCCUUUGGAAUGACUUAUCAACUACAGCAAAAGAAAAAGGCAUUAGCCUUAACAAAUUUAAACGUAUUCUUGACGGCACUUGAUUCCUUUUGGUAACUUUGUAAAUAUUUAAAUAGGAUAGGAUAUUUUUAGAUACAAAUGUAGUGAAUGCAAUUAUUAAGUUCGUUAUGUUUUCUCUGUUUUUGUGUGUAUAUUUGUGUUAUUAUAUUUAUAUAGCUUGUAAAUACUGUAAUAAACGGCCUCUUGAAAAACAGGUGCCUACGAGCCCUGAAGAGCUACCGUUUUAAAAUAUUUUUAAAUAAUAAUAAUAAUCUCCUUAAUAAAUCACUUGCACUAACACUUCCGCACCAACGCCAGACCUGGGUUAGCUUUUGUAAAUUUGUCUGAUGAUGAAUUUGUAAUAAAUUCGAAUAUCAUUAUUGAAUCUUACCUUCUCUCGUACUUCGCAAAUAUUGAGUCCAAGAUGGAACUUCAUACUUUAUUUCAUGCGGGUUUGUUUCAUUCUCUAUUUCAUAAGGCUACCAACGAUAUGAAAUAAUUGUGACGUUUCACUACCAUCUGUUGCACGAUAGUGCUUAGUACAACUUACCUACACGCUGUUAUUUGAUCUCUUAAUUAAGGUCUGUGCAGAUCUAUCAGGCUCCAGGUUUGCCAGAAUUGGGAACUGUUUUAGAUGGGACAAAAUGUGGAAACGAAAUGGCAAGUAUUUUCAGACUGCUGAAAAUUUUGAAAAAGUGAUCCCUUCAAUUCAAAGUGGGAUCGUUGAAUUUGUGCGAGACAACAUCAAAUAUUCUUUGCUCAGAGCUCCUUAUAGUAUUCUGUAUUUUUAUGGCAGGGUAUAACAAUAACGAAGGCCUAUUCUGGUAUCUUAACUCGCCGGCCUUAAAUCGCAAAAAAAUUGCAUUAAAUCGCGUGGGUUGAAAUUGACCGAAGUUCUCUUAAGGAGCUAAUAUAUAAUAUUGAGUUAACUUGUUGGUUUUUCUGUGUAGGUUUGCGAAAACAAUGAGUGUGUAUCACUUUCAGUCGCGUAUGGUGGACAACGAACAUGCCCGAAUAACUGUAACGGAAAUGGGGUAAGCUUUUGAUCAUAUGAUAUCGCGUUAUAGCCUUAUAGGUGGGUGGCAGAACGCUGCACCACCAUCAUAGAGCCGCAGGUUCGGUUCCAACCGGAGGGUCUCAUCCCGUGUUGAAUGAUUGGAUUCCCAUGGGUUUUUGCGACCCAUUUUUUUAUUCCAACCCGCAAGCACCGGUCUUGCAUAGGCAACAUGACCUUAACUUUUUCGAAGGAAAUUUGAGGGAAUAUGGAAGAGUCAGGGUUAAUAGGCCGACUAGGUAAGGCAGAUUGAUGUGUGCAACUUUGGAGAGGCCUGUAUAUUAAUUGUCACGUAGCUAAGUGACUGUAGAUAGGUUCGAACUGAAACACGACUGUCACAGUAAAAUAAAACUACCUAACUAAGUUACUUAGUAUGCACGUUCGCUGGUUAGGCUGACAUGAUAAACGGGUUGAGACUACCUUUCCAUCUCUAUUCGCAUUUCAUAUAUACCUCUUAUGAUAAAUUCCUUGUUGAAUCAUGUUGCGCUUCUUAAGUCUUCGCUUCAAUGUUGGUCUUGUGUCAUGGUAAAUAACCAAAUGUUGUUCGGCGCUGUUUACAACAUUGAACUGGGGGAGAGGGGGUGACAACUUUGUUUUGGCAAAUGUGCAUUAACUUUGCAAUAUUGGUUGGCACGGUCUCAAGGGGCAUGUCCAAGAUUGUAUAGAUAAGUAAAUAGGUAGGUAGGUUGCUAUUUAAGCAAAAUUUUAUCUAAAAAUGAUGUGAACUGUUAUAGAUAACGGUAUAGGUUAAUUUCUUCCAUCGAAACUUCUUAUAUCGAUUUGAACAGGUCUGUAAUGAGAACGGCAACUGUCAUUGUAAUGCAGGAUGGAAGUGUCCUAAUUGUUCAGAAGCGUACAAUGGUCCAGGUGGAAGCAGUGAUAGUGGCCUCGAUUGUAAACCUGUGCCAAAACCACCAUGUCAAUGCACACACGGCGCUUGUUGUAAUAACUGUCAGGUAGGAAUUAAAGAUACAGUGUUUGGAUUAAAUUAUACGUAAGCACUAUAUUUUAUGUAAACUGUCUCAAAUCCAUUACCCACCAGCCUCGUACCCAGGCGCUAUGUGUUGUUCUAUGGCUUGCGCAGCCUUUCGGUGAACCGCGUGGAUUAAUUUGAUCGAUUUUCCGUUUUUCUCCCUCGCGUGCCUCCCACGUGCGCUUAAUGAGGUAAAUAAACCAAAGCGCCUGGGUACGAGGCAGAUUACCCCAGCCUCGUACCCAGGCGCAAAUAACGCACUAAAAACAGCAACACUACAGUUUUUUAUAUAGAUCAGUGGCUGAGCGAGCGCAGAAUCCCGUCGUGUCCUGACCUAGCACCCCCGCGCGCUCGCUCUCUUAGCCACUGAUCUAUAUAAAAACACUGUAGUGUUGCUAUUUUUAGUACGUUAUUUGCGCCUGGGUACGAGGCUGAGAUUACCCACAACGUAUUAAAUUAAACCGAGCGGUAGAACAAGUUGAGCUAUCACGAGUAUGAACUCCUAGAAGUUCCAAUCUCUUUCAUGCUAGUUUGGACCCUAUCAAUACUGUUUCAUUGUAGAUUGCCGCUCGAGGAACAGCUUGUCGUGAUGCUGUCAACUCGUGCGAUGUUCCGGAGUAUUGCGAUGGGUCUAGUGAAGUUGUAAGUGCAUUAAUUAUGAACCGCGAUGUAUACUGUCUGUAUAUUGUCUUAUAGUAUAACCUUUUUUAAUACAUACGAACCGAUAAAGCUGGACACAAAACAUAAUCUAUUUAAUAUAAGUUUUCGUUUGUGGAAAUACCACAGAUAUAUCAAACGCUUUGCAAUAAUAAUUUACGAAAUUUACGUUACCAAACAUUCGGCUAUAUUGUUGAUGCGUACGCCCCCACAACAGUUUCUCAUAUAAGAUUCGAUUGUCCGAAAGUGUAAGCUGAUCAAUCUGAGCCAGAAAUGUUGUUAUCACUUGGUAGUUUUGGAAUAGUGAUUUGGGUGCUCCAAAUAGAGUAAGACACUUCAGAUGGGAAAGAUCUGGAUGUUGCAAUUGGGAAUCGAAUUCGAUGUAUUUAAUUUGACUUGAUAGCUCUAAAUUUUCUUUUCAUUGUCAUAUUUUAGUGUCCUGCUGAUCUGAAGACGGCAAAUGGUAUAUCCUGUAAUAAUAAACAGGUGAGACCGGACUUGCUCAUCCUGCCCUCAGAGCCUCAUAUGGCUUAGUUUGUACCUUUUUAAUACAUUUAUUGAAGCAGGCAAGUUUACGUUUUCUUAACUAACAACUUUCCUGCCUUAGGGAUAUUGUUAUGCAGGAGAGUGUAGAACGUAUAAUGAACAAUGUAACAAUUUGUGGUUUGGCGGUAUGUAUGUGAUUUAAUUUUGCAAAUUUCCUUUUUAUGGACAAUGGCAACAAAAAAAAAUAUUGUCUCAUUUGAAAGAACGCGUUUAAAAUAUCUACGAAAUCUUGCUAUAGAUUUUUCACAACUUUGCUUAACUGCUGAAAUAUUUUUUUUGACUGAAAGCAAUGAGCUUUCCGCCAUCUUGGAUUAAUAAUUCGUAACCUCAUUAACUAUCGUUUUGAUGGCGUCAGGAGUUGGGAUUAGCCUUAUAAAACUACUUACAGAUUACCGAGUAACAAUCAAAAGUGACGUAUAUGUAUAUCCUCAAUAAUCCAAGAUGGCGGAUGAUCUCGCAUCAUUCUGCUACAAACAACUUGAAAAUCAAACAUAUUUUUGCUCGUCAGGUAAACGAAUGCAAUUUCCAGGGGUGCGAAUAUUUAGGGGUGCGAAUAUUCAUUUUGGGGGUGCGAAUAUUCAUAUCUUCGUGUUCUGCAUUAUUAACUUCUUUUGAAAUCGAUUGAUUUUAUGGUCUGUGAACACAAAUAUAUGAAUAUUGGCCCCCCUCGCCCCCACCAAUUAUCGAGCUGGCGGGGCAACUGGCAAUUUCCGAACAGAUUUCACCUUCCAGAGUGCUCUCAACUACUUUAGGGCCAAACUAAAGCGUUGUUUGAAGGCGUACAACAUAAAAUCAUAAAUAUCAGAAUAUCGUCAUGCUUUCGAAAGUGAUGAAGGCAGUUACCUUCAAAAAGGACUACAGUAGCCUGCGUGGCAGUAGGACUACAGUAAAACCCCGCAUAAAAUAGGGUUUCCCAGGGGUUUGUAGAGAACUUUACUAGAAAACAACUAGAGAACAAGAGAUAUUUUGCAAUGGGAGCAAAGCCGAAAAUAUCAAAGGGAACAUGCAAGCUUGGGGUACAAGGGAACAUGGUGAACAAGGCAACAAAGGAAAACGUUUCAAAUUAAUGAACCGGUACAGACCUUCCUGGGAGACUCUCACCAUAAUUUAUUGUUUAGUACUGAACGAGGAUAUGUUUUAUCAAAUUCAGAGGCUUUUAAAUAGCAACUCAACCUUGUACCCAGGCUCUUUCCUCUACCCUCCAGCUUGGGAACAAGGUUGAUAGCAACCGAUUAGUAUAAUGUCAACAGCUCACUAAUUAUGGAAACAAAUCUUUUAGAACACCAAACCAGGAACAAAUGUUUUAAUUGAUUAUAGAACCAACUCGGCCUGAUUUCUUAGUAAUAAGUAACCAAAUUAUACUGAUAUCAUCUGAACUACAUCGGGCUUACAUAAAAAAACAGUGGUUCUUUUAUGUGGGGUUUACCAGUAUCUUCACUUUGUUAGGCAUUCUCGUCCCCAGAGCCAUUUUUACUCGUUGAAAAUUAGGCUCUGAGUUAAACGACUAAAGGAAGAGAUUUGAUUGGCUUCUCAGAGAACUGCUAUUUCCCAGAAGCUGAGCAAUUUUUGCUUGGCAAAAUUAUUCUAUCAAAAUAUGUAUAGGUUAUUUUGAGGCAACGAGGGGAUAUGUGAUUUAUUCGCCGAGGCGCGCAGCGCCGAGGUGAAUAAACACAUAUCCCCGAGGUGCCUCAAAAUAACGUACUUAUUUUUCACACUGCGAGGUCGCUUAAUGAGUCAGAAAAGAAAUAAUUCUUAAUGCCAUAUUGCCUUCGCGAUGUUGUUUUUUCUCAUUUUUUGUGCUGCAAAGACAUUGCAGGUGAAUAUUAGAGGGGAUUAUUAAACGGAAAUUGAUUAGAGGGGAAUAUUGUGUAUAUUCCCCGACAAGAACAAAGGAAACCGAGCAGGGUGAAAAAUAAGCUUAACAUAAAUACUUCGUUUAUUUGUAAUACUAAUAUCUCUGUGGAAAUUAUUAUGGGUGCUAAAGCGUAACUUGCACUUCCAGUUGAGGGUCCUGAAGGGGGUCCCAAUCCCAUUUCCCGCCUGAAAUUUUGGCAAAAUCCCAGUCCCAGUUGGGUUUUUAUUAGAAAUCCCAGUCACAGUUAUUGAAAUCCCAGUCAUUGAAAUCCCAGUCAAUAAAAAAACCUUUAUUUAUCGGUAGAAUAAACUGUUUUAAAACCUUUUUUAGCAAGUGGCCGACACUUUAUGAAAUUGGGAGGGGGGGGGGGUCUCGUGCCGAAGGCACGGAAAAUUUUUAAAUUUGAAUCCUGGAAAUGGCAUUUGCAGCAUUCUGAGACACGCAUAAUCAGAAAACCCAGAAUUCCGGGCGCCAAAGUAUGCCUGUUCGCAGGUAGUGCUGUGAAUAACAUAGUUGACAACAAAAAUCAUGACCAAAGACACCAAAAACGGAUCAGAAUUGUAUUUUAAAAUACUCAAAACGCAGAAAAAUUGGGAAUCGACUCGCAUUACCUCAAUCCUAUUCCCAUUUUUGAGGACUUCAUUUCCCAUUCCCAGUGGCCAAAUCUCAGUCCCAGCAACCCAAAUCCCAUUUUCCCAGUCUAAAAAUAGAUCAAUCCCAGUUCCCAUUUUACCCCUGAAGGGCCCUCCCAGUUCCGUGUAUCCCAGGACCUAUGGAGGUCGCGCGUGGCCGAGAGACCAUGGAAACGAGGAUGCUUGUUAGGCAAUGACAUCAUCCUGCAUUUUUUAAGCGGGCACUUUGUGAUAUGAGGCAGUGGGGGGCGUAACUUUGUACUAAACAAUAGACCCCGGCUUUAACUGGAAUAGGGCCCCUGCAUGGUCUUGCCCAUUUAAAGUGGCGUCUGAAGGUUGCUGAAAUACAUCAACUUCGCCAUUUUGUCAUCCUUGUUCAAGGGCUUCCUAAUUGAUUUGAGCCCCUGGCUUGAGCCAGGCUGGGCCCAAAGGAGUUACGCCAUUGAUAUGAGGUGAUAUGAGGUCAUAUCUGUUGAAGACACAAUAAAAGUUGGUCGCGGAUGAAGUUCAUUUAGAAUGCAUGAUUUGUUUACUUGCACUGGCGUAACGGGCGAAAACAUGUCUGAUAUAAAUUCUAUAAAAUUGUCGCGAACUACUGAUAAAUUGCGGUGCCCAAACGAAGUUAGGCAUCGCUCUGUAUUUGGUGCAUGAGCUUGUUAUUAGUCUGUGAGUUAAUUUGUUAUUUUGUUAGUCUCGGUUAGUUUGUUUGGAAGCUUUGGUGUUUAUUAAAAUAUAGAAUAUCUUCGUGCUGGUGCAUGUGCUGUUUUGUGCCUGCUCCAGGGCACCGCACUGUAGUACUAUGUCUGGUUUCAACAUGGAAUGUUGUUUUCUUCUCGUAAAGGUGCUUUCAGAGCUAAUGAUCUUUGUUAUGAGAGAUCAAAUAUACGUGGUGAUAAACAUGGUUACUGCAAAAGACAUACAGCAACUUCAUACAUGGCUUGCACAUUGGAGUAA